ACACACCUGUCUGUCUGGUUGUCUGUCUACUGCUUCUACCGCCUGUAUUCUGGGUUUUCGCCAAACUUAUUAUCUGCCGAAGGUUUAACAGGAGACAUAUCGAUCCCUUGACAACCUGAUCGCACCGCCGGGAUUCGGAGAUUGCCCAUAUCUAUGCGGUUUUGAAUUGAGGAUUUGCGUGAUGGUGGAUAGGAGAUUUUUGGGAAGGGAGUGUAACAAAGAAACCCUAAAUCCAGCAUCUUGAAGCUAUGUUGAAGCUUUGUAUACGGUUAAGAAGUUUCUGCUCAAUGUUUUAGUACAACUCAAAGCUGUUGUGACAAAACAAGUAGAACACCCGAGUUGAUUUAUUUGCUGCUAAUGUGAUUUGGUUGGCUUGCUGAUCAGUAUAGUUGUCAUCUAUGGAAGGUUCCAUGGAAGGCAACGGCCUGCCGGCGCUGGGCCGGGUGAAACUUGUAGAUUUGAUACCUUCUGAAGGUCUUCCUUCAGAUUCGUACAAAUUAUCGGUUUCAACUUUAUCACAGUCACUGGAGAACUUUUCAGCUGCCAUCAUCCAAUUUCCGGCAAAUGAUGGGGCUCUUUUGAGGUCAUGCCUCGAGUCAAGUCUUCUCUACUUUCAAAGUAAACCAUCUUUCCCUUCUGCUGAAAGCAUUCAGCCUAAUGAUUCUCGUGAGUGGUGCAAGACAUCAGGAUACCGUGCAGACCCUCAAGUGUUGCAAGAAACAUAUGACUAUAGACCUGGACUUACUCCCACAGAACCAGGUAAUGAAAUUGAAAUUCCUCCAGCCGGUUUGUCCGACAUAUAUGCUCUACUUGGGAAGGCCUCGAGGGACAUAUUGGAUGCCAUCAGCUUCUACUUGAAUCUCCGUAGCUCAGCUUUCACGGAAGUGCUUGAUAAUGUUCCUCUGAGAAGCCGGGAAAUAUCUUCAUCGGUUUUGUCUGUUUGCUGCAAUGGAAGGCCUUCAUUUCAGGGGGUGCAGCAUCAUAAUUUGACUAGUCAUGAAGAUGGGCAGUCAGUUAUGUUCUCAGAUCAUGAUCAUCAGGUUGAUAGAACUCUAUUAACUCUUAUCAAGUCGGACAAGGCAGGUUUGUAUAUAAGAGAUGUUCGUGGUCAUUGGUUUCUUGUGGAUGCUGAUCUUGGUCCUCAAGAAGCAAUUGUAUAUCCUGGACUUGCUUUAUACCAGGCAACGGCUGGUUAUAUAAAUCCUGCGAUGCUCCGAACAGAUAUGAGUAAUCUCCAGAGUUCUAUGUAUGGCCGCUGUUCUCUAGCAUUCAAACUCAUGCCUAAAUCCAUGACCAGCCUUAGUUGUACCGAGAUGAGAGCUGCUGGGCAUGGAGUUGAAGCUCAAUUCCAGCUUCCUGUACCAGUUGAUGACUUCAUGCAGAGAUCCACUGAUCAGGUUCUUAAUCGCAACAAUUUUGCGACUUUCAGUUUCCCCCUAGGCCAAGAAGGAUCUUUAAAGCCAAUCAUGCGGAGGAAGAAGAAUAAUUUGAGAUGUAAACCUCUUCCACCUUCGAAAAGGCUGCGGCUCGAGGCACAAAGAGUCCUCAAAGAGAGGGUCCAGGAUAUCGCCGAUAAAAAAGGCAUUAAAUUGAGAUUUUGUACGUUGAAGGAGUGUGAGAAUCACAUCCAUUCGCUUGAUAGUCCAUGUGCGAAUAUACGGAUGGAGAUUGGAUGGCCGCCAGGAGUUCCAUUUGUUCACCCACAUGAUCUUCCUAACAAGGCAAAGAUUGGAUUCCUUGAAACCUAUGAACCUGGAUGGUCUGAGACCAACGAUAUUGAGCAUCUCGGCUCGUAGUUUCCAUGGCUAACCUUGGCAACACUGCAUUGAAACCGGGAAUUGACGGUUUUGCCUACAAAACUUGUGAGCUUUUUGAAGUUUCAGAGUAGAUUGUAUAGAUGGUCGGCCAUUUUGCUCUUUUAUAUUGCUGUUUAGCUGCUCAAAAAAGAAAUAUAUAUACAUAUAUAUACAUACAGUUGAUCUCUCCCUUUGUAAUGCAACUUAUAACUUCAUCUAUAUUAAAAGUGAACCGUGUAUAUAUAUAUAAUACUAACAGAUCUGCAGAAAGUUGUAAUUAUUUAGGCAGACACAUAUUUGACAGCUAUUCUGGGUGUAGUUUUGGUUA